GUCCGUAUCUGUAGACACUACCUAUUUUAGUGGUACAUCGAGUAGGUACUAUUGGGUACAUCUAGGGUCAGUGAGCCCUGCAGGGAAACACUUCCUCCAAAACAUAGCAGACAGGAAACUGAACACACUCAGCUGUCUAUGGCUGUACCACGGAAAUUUAUAUGACAUCUGAGCACAAACUCUUUUCUACUGUCUUCUGAUGUUUUUAUCUGUGCUGUCUAUAGCAAUGUGACCCAGAGAGAAAGCAACUUGUGAUGGAGUAGCGGGAAGAGGAGAGAUAAUGCUGUGAACUAGAGGCCCUUACAGGUGAAGGCAGAAUGUCCUCAGCCCACCGUCUGAGGGAUGUGGAGCAGCAGCGGCUACUGUUGAAUGGGGAGGAGGGCGUAAUGGGAAGAAGUUCCAGCAGUGAAGCCAAGCAGCUCUGGUUCAUUCAGGACUGCUGUGGCAUGGUGUGUGCCUUCAUCACCUGGUUUCUGGUCUUCUUUGCUGAUUUUGUGGUCACCUUUGUCAUGCUGCUGCCUUCCAGAAGCUUCUGGUAUGCUGUGGUCAACGGGGUGGCCUUCAACAGCUUGGCUGUGCUAGCUCUGGCCUCCCACCUCCGCACCAUGCUGACUGACCCGGGAGCCGUUCCUAAAGGAAACGCGACUAAAACACACCUGGAGAGUCUACAGCUGAAGCCGGGUGAGGUCAUCUACAAAUGUCCAAAGUGCUGCAGCAUCAAACCUGAGAGGGCUCAUCACUGCAGUAUCUGUAAGCGCUGCAUCCGAAAGAUGGACCACCACUGCCCCUGGGUCAACAACUGUGUUGGGGAGAAAAACCAGCGCUUCUUUGUCCUCUUCACUAUGUAUAUUGCUAUCAUCUCCAGUCACGCCCUGGCUCUCUGUGGAUACCAGUUCAUCACUUGCAUCAGAGACCAGUGGACAGAGUGCAGUGAUUUCUCUCCCCCAGUGACAAUGCUGCUGAUGAUUUUCCUCUGUAUGGAAAGUCUCCUAUUCCUCACCUUCACAGCUGUUAUGUUCAGCACUCAGCUCCACUCCAUCUGCCAUGAUGAGAUGAAAAUUGAGCGUCUGAAGAAUGAGAAACCAACAUGGGAGCGUCAGACUCGCUGGGCGGGGCUGAGGUCGGUGUUUGGAGGUCAUCCAUCACUGCUCUGGAUCAGCCCCUUCGCUGGUCUCAGACUACCAACGUUUUUCUCCAAACGCACCUGGAAGAGCGGCCCAGAGUUCUCUGUCUGACACGCCAACGCCUGCAAAUCAAAUCAUCAAACCUUGGUGGCUGUGCAGGGCCUGCAUGGGAGUCCAGCAGGCUGAAGUGGAGUGCUUGUUUCCUCAGCAGCGUUUUUUUACCUGGAGACUGGUCCUCUCAGAAGUCUAAAAUUCUGAACUUGCUGUAAGGCAGCAAAAACUGAUCUUGGAUUUAUGCUGCUGAAUGUGUGGAAAAUUUCAUGUUUAUAUGAUCGCAGUCAGAUUGUGAAUUUUUUUUUUCAUUUGCUCCUUAAGAUGCUGGAUCUUCUUAGAGCAGUUAUUAACAAUCGUGAAGUUGGGCCAUUUCUCUGGAGAAUGUUGUUGAGUGUCAAAGUUGUACUGUGUUGUGUACAUUAACUCAACUGAUGGUCAAUGAGAUGAAAUGAUGAAGUAUUAUGAGGAUUUUUUUUUCUGUUGAUUUUAAAUGCUAUGACAAAUGUCUGUUUAAGCAGUCACACUAAAAUACACCAUUGUUUCACCUUCCUUGUGAACAGAAUCUUAAAUUGUUGCUUGGUAAUCUCUAUCAGUCAGUUUAACACCAAGAUAUUUUCUCUGAGUUCCACACUUUUCCUUAAUAUCAACCUUCUGUGUUCCACAGAAAGCACAAUACAUUGGACCUCAUGUAAGACAGCUCUUAUUCUAUACUUCUCUGAAUUUUUUUCUCAGGUUUGUUUGUAGCAGGGGCUGCACAGUGGCUUGGUGGUUAGCACUUUCACCUUGCCUUCACCCUAAGUCAGCUGGGCUAGACUCCUGCUAACAGAAAUCACACUUAUUAGUAGUAAAGCCAGAAUGACAUAUGCAGUAUUUGGCAAUCAAAAAGAAAGAAAAACAAGUAGAAUAAAUGUAAGGAAAAAUAUUUGAUUGCCAGCUAUGAUGCACACUCAUGUUGAUUAUUUUUCAGUGUUACUGUUCCCAACUGAUUAAUUUUUCUAUCCCUAGAGGAAGAUGGAAAGUGGCCACUUUGGUCCAGAUGGCUCAACAGCUUUUGGAUGGAUUUGGUUCACACAUUUGUGCUCCCCUUCCAGUAGCCUUGAUGAUACUGUGAUUUUCUGUUUGGCAUCAUAAUUCCUAUUCCAUCAUAUUCCUUCCUAUCCACAAGGAAAAAGACCAGAAAUAUGUUUUCAUUCGUUCAUUGGUAAGCAGUGCAUUUAUGAAUGUCAGGCUGACCUGUGGACCUAUGGAAGUGAUGUAUUUCAUGUUUCAAGGCAUAUGUUACCAUGGUAAUGCUCAGAUAACAUGGUAACAUUACACUCGUGUAUUAGCAUGCUGCCAUUAGUACUGACUUCAAAGGACCACUGUACUUGAGUACAACAAUGUAUGAGUUGCAAACUUGUUUUACUUAUUUGUUUUAUUAGUUGAUUUCAGAAACAUAUUACCGUUCAAAAGUUUGGGGUCACGUAGAAAUGUCCUCAUUUUUGAAAGAAAAGCAGUUUUUUUUCAAAGAAGAUAAGAUGAAAUGAAUUAGCAAUACAGUGUAGACAUUGUUAAUGUGGUAAAUGACUUCAAGCUGGGAACGGCUGAUGUUAAAUGGAUUAUCUACACAGGUGUACUGAGGAGCAUUUCCAGUGACCAUCACUCCUGUGUUCUAAUGCUGCAUUGAAUUAGCUAAUGGUGUUGAAAGGAUAAUUGAUUAUUGAUGAAACCCUUGUGCAGUUAUGUUAGCACAUGAAUGAAAGUGAGUUUUCAUGGAAAACAUGAAAUUGUCUUGGUGACCCCCAAGCUUUUGAAUCAUAAUGUGUCUAAGCUUUAGUUCAUUUUCAUUUGUCACUCUUCAGUCACAUAAAUGUGUAACCCUCUGUACCAACAGGCAGACAGACUCAUGACUCGUAUUAUAGCCCAGGACCACUCCUGUAUGGUAAAAUGUAGCCGCUCAGUGUGUAGAAAUCAAAAGUGCAUUGUCAUUGUGUGUUUAGUAUUAGUAGUAUUUUUGAGCUAUAUACAGUACAGUGGUAAAGCAUAUGUUUGGUUUAGUACAAUCUGUUUCAAACCAGAGUGACCCUCAAGACUGGAUGGUUUUCUUUCACUUCUCUGACUGAAAUCUGAAACUGACCUGAAAACUACACAGGACCAAAAGCGUGAGUCUUCUUUACUUUUAUUUCACUAAAUUGUCCUCCACAAACAUUUAAUUGAAUGUCUCUCCUGUAAUGUUUAUCUCUGCUAAAGAAAUAUGGUCAUAGAAAAAGUCUUUAAUAGUCUUAAAUAGUUUAACAUAAUCCACUGGUAGGUCUGAUGAUUUGAAACUUUUCAUAAUGGGCAUAUUUUUCUACCACUACCAAAUGAGGACGGCAACUUCGUUUGUGUUUAAUUUGGGCAAGUACUGAAACCAUCUAAAACAUUUUGCAUUAGAAACAAUUUCAGCGAGUCUGUCUUGCCUGUGAAUGUAUCUAUGUUUGAGUGAUUGUUUAUUUUUAUCAGAUUAGAGUCUUUGAUAUGUCGAAUCUUUUUUCUUACUAUUCGCACAUUUAAUAAACCAAGUUCAUCUCUACCUCUUGAAAACA